AUGGAAGAAGAGAAAUCAGAACAAAAACAACAAGGAAGAGGAUCUCUCGAGAAAGGAAGAUCGUGCAAAGGAUAUCUUUAUUACUCUUCCACUCUCAAAUCCAAAUCCAAAAACCCUCGAUGCGUCGGAAUCCCUCGUUCUCUCCGUCAAGUUCCUGACUACGUUGUUGGGCAAUCUGAAGCUGAAGCUUCGAAAGAGGGACGAACCCUAACAGAUUUUUAUUAUGGAUGUUUGGGGUAUUCUGUCUAUAUGACUGAUAAAGACUCAUCCAUCAAGCAAGAUACAAAGACACAACUUCCCGUUUGUGUCGGUCUUGAGAUACUAGCAGAUAGAAGAGCAGUUUCUGGCAACACUUCAUCUGUUCCAACCCCCGUUCAAAAUAAAAAUGAUCCUCGGGAGUUGCCUCAGCAUCAGAACCAUAGGCCAACCCCAGCCACUGCCACAAACACCACAAACACAGAAAACGGCUUCUAUACCAGGUUCACAAGAAAUGCAAACCUGGUAGCAGCAGGGGUGAUGAAGAACAUGAAGAGAGUGGGUAACUAUGUGAAAGAGACGGUGGACGAUGCCUUGGACCCAUAUCGAAAGCGACCAAAAUGA